AUGGAGUUCGAAUUCGCAACCCUGGAUGUUUUUACCAACAGACGGCUGGAGGGAAAUCCCCUGGCCGUGGUCAAAGUGAGAGAUUCUCAAAAGGACAAACUUACGCAAGACCUUAAGCAGAAAAUCGCCAAGGAGUUCAACCUCUCCGAGACAACAUUCUUGCACGUUCCAGAUGGAGAUGUUGGGAAGAGCACUGCGCCCUCGGCGCUCUCGGUGGACAUCUUCACCAUUGAAUCCGAGCUGCCUUUCGCCGGCCACCCCACCAUCGGCACGGCCGUGCUGGCCAAGAGCCUAUUCCCAUCCGUGUCGACACUCAACAUCAAGGCCGGCCCCAUUGGCCUAGAUCCAUACAAUGUAAACGGGCGCGCCUUUAUCCGCGCCAAGAUCCCGCACAAUGUGCACCUGCACGCCCGGACGCUCGCCGACGUGAUCCCGGCGGCCCAGCAGGCCACGUACGAGGGCCUGUCGCACGGGGAGCCGCAGAUCCGCGAGCGGGAGCUGGCGGCCCCCGUCUUUAGCGUCGUCUGCGGCAUGACGUUUGUGCUGGUAAAGCUCCCCUCGCUGGAGCUGCUGGGCCGCGUGGGACGCUUGCGGCUCGACUUUGACGCCUUGCCCGCGCCGCUGCUCGACGUGGACUCGGAGUGGGCGCCUAGCUUUGUGGCGCGCUACUACUACGUCGACGUUGACGACAAUGAAGGCGAGGGGGCCAAGGGGGCCGGAAAGGUAGGAGGGGAGGGGAAACAGCAUGUCCGAAAGAUUCGAACCCGGAUGGUCGAGUUGGGAUUCGAGGAUCCCGCUACGGGCAGCGCGGCGAGCUGCCUGGCUUCGUACCUGACCCUCACUGAGGGGGUACAGGAGGAAGGUGGCGCUGGCGCUAGCUUUGAGAUUGUGCAGGGCGUUGAAAUGGGACGGAGGAGCGAGAUACGCGUCGAUACUACGACGGAGACAGAUGGGAAGGGCCGAACCAAGAUCAAGGACGUCUACCUUGGCGGUGAGGCGGUCGUUGUGCAGAAAGGGACCAUCACGGUUGAUUAG